CGCGCGCGGACUCAUCGUAACCGGGGGAGCGCGCUUCGGGAAAACGGGCGCGCGCCAAGCGGUGUGCAGAUGUGUCGCAGAUUUUGUAAAGUCACCGGACGCACGGAAACGUCCAGCACCGGGAAGUGUGUGUUGAUAAAUGGGCCCGUGAAGUGCGUGUGCGGGAGGUAAACACCGCGGCGGCUGAGCGGAGCGGCGGACGGAGGCAGCGCUGUCAUCAGCAGUUACCGUUAGCUUACUUUGUGGAGCAGCAGGACGCUACUUUGACAGUUGAAGCCGCACAGAUGGAGCUGUCGGCGAUUGGAGAGCAAGUGUUCGCCGUGGAAUCCAUCGUCAAGAAAAGAGUUAGAAAGGGAAAUGUGGAGUAUCUGCUCAAAUGGAAAGGAUGGCCUCCAAAAUACAGCACCUGGGAGCCUGAGGAACACAUCCUGGACCAGCGCUUGGUGCAGGCCUUCGAAGAGAAAGAACAGAGAGACCGCGCUCUGGGUCACAGGAGGAAAGGAUCCAAAGCCAAAAGACUCCUUUUGGAGAACACCGUCUACACCAUGGAUCUCCGCAGCGCUCACAAGACUCCAGAGAAACCUCCCCCUCGCCUGAGACUCUCCCUGACUCGCUCCCUAGUUCCCGAAGAUGAGGAUCAGCCCUACAGUGUCCACAGGCGGGACCCUCAGCCACAUCUAGCACAUCAGAAAAGUAGUAGGUCACAGUUCAGAUGCCUUAACUCCAACUCUCCAAGUCCCACACAAGAAGACUGGGAAGGGUGGGGAGAGGAGGAGGAGGAGGAGGAGGAGGAGAACAAUGUAGAAGAUGAUGAAGAUAGAGAAGAGGAGGAGGCUCAGGAGGAGACAGCAAAGACGAGAGACAGCAUUUUAAAUGGGCAGGAGAGGACAGAUGACUGGAGCUCCACCGUCAGACCGGUCCAGGUUACUGCAGCAGAGAAGUCGGAUGACGUCUGGAAACCCGUCAUCGGUCCAGGAGAGGUGACGGUCACAGACGUCACCCUCAACUCCCUAACAGUGACUUUCAGAGAGUCAAGAGUGGCCAAAGGCUUCUUCAGAGACUGGGGUCUGGAAGUGUGAAAGCACUGCGGUGUGAGCAGGCUGGCAGUGAAGGCACCGUGAGAGGGAGGCGGAGGCACUGACUUAAUCACAGUGUGUGAACGGUGGUCGAGGGUGUGGUGUUUUCACUCCUCUUAUCACACACUCUCUCUCUUCUCCUCCAUUGCCAGCUACUUCCAGCUUGGUGAGUGGUAUGUUUACAUGCACAGAGUCACCUGAGUGUAAACCGAGCUCCAGGGAGUGUCUUGGUUUAUUUGAUCUGAUCACUUCAUGAAGCAGGACUGAGUUUGCUGAAUUCAAAUGGCAUCAAAUACCUGUAACUGGUUGUCACUUCUCUUGGUGACCAAAGAAAAUGGAAAACAUAUCAACUACAAUCUGUAGUUAGUCCAAACGAUAUUUUCUCCACAGAGAGGAAUUGAUUUGGUAACAGUUCCAACAGAAACAUCUGGUGAAGGGACAAUAAUGUUUAUCACAACACUAAAUACUGGAUUCAUCUGUUUUGGCUGUGUUUUAUCUGUAAACCACAAAAAGUGCAACCCACAAAAGCAGAGAACCAAAUGUGAAGAAGGUGCUGACUUUGUCUAAGAAUAGUACUGAAUUAGCAGGAUGAAAGCUAGCAGACAGAUAGCAUCAGCCGCUGGAAUCUUAAGUUGUCAAAGAGUUUAAAAUAUGAGAUGGUGAAAUCAUUUCCUCUGCCCUUAAACAGGACACAUCGUUAAGUGGGUUUUGAGAGCCACAACUCUCACACUCACCUAAGAAAUCUUGGAAUUGUAGAAUUGAUAUUGGUAGGAAAAAAUGCAAAUAACUAACGUUUCCACCUUAAAGGUACCCUGUAGAGUUUCUUUAAAGCAAACACAAUCAUGAUCACUUAAGUUUAGUUUCUCUCCUAAACUAAAUUGACCUUAACCAUUUGAAUAGACAGUUAUAUUACCUUAGUAACAUCUGGAUUUGUAUCUGACAGUUUUCUUUCAUUUACUGGUAAGUUUUUUUUUUCUUUUAUCCUUUAGCUCCACUUGUAAAUCCGUGGAAUAGAAACAAGCCGCAUGAGUGUGUCUCAUGUUCAUGUGGAUGGAAGUGUGCAAUAGGGCUGAACAAUUUGUUGAAAAUAUCUAAUCAUGAUUUGUCUGACAGAUGUUGGGAUUUAACUUAAUAUGUAGUCUUUUAAAGUCAAGCUUCAGGUCAGUAUUCAGUGUCAAAUAUUUUAAACGUGAUGGCACAUUACCACAAGAGACACCACCAAAUGUGUGAUUCACACAAAGAGAACGGCACGACUUUAUGAAACUACUGACACUGCAGUUUAAACCCUGGAUCUGCAAAAUGUCUGAGAUGUGGCUGUUAAAUAAUUAAACUGAGCUUACGUCAGUCGAACCACAGCGUGUCUGCCUGAACCACAUAGUAAACACUGAUCAAUUGACAAGCAUUAACAGCCUUUAGAAGUUUUAAUCUACUUGAAUUAAAUAGAAGUGAAAUACAGCAUUAGUCUCAUUAUUUAAUAGCCACUUUUUAUCCUAAAUUACAGCCUUUUGCGAUUACAUUGUUUCAAAUUGAGAUUUUGAUUGAAAUUAAUUGUUCAGCCGUCACGUACAAGUUUGUUCAUGCUCAUGCAUCUGUAUUAGAUACAAAACGAAACCCCCUCCUCAAAACAUUUCUUCUUAAAACUAUAGGAAACUUCAACGGGUACCUUAAAGCACUGAACAGAUUAAGCAUCAGUUUGCCAUGUCAGAUUCAGCAAACUAAAUGAGCUUGCGUGAAUUUCAGUCUUGUGACCAUAGACAGUAUAUAAAUGAUGGAUGUAGUUACUGUGAUGUCAUUCACCAGACUGUGGACUGGCAUUAUAAAUGCUUGAGUUUGGAAUUUGGCCAUCUUGCUCUUUUGAAACCACAUGUGACCUAAGGGACAAUCCGACUGAGACUUGAGUACAUCACACACGUUAGCGACUUGUUGAUCACAAGGUAACCCCAUCUUAAAUUGUACCCAUUUACCAUCUGUUUUAAUCUAAAUGAAAACAUAAUUUACUAAAUGAACCUCAUGCUGCAUUGAAGGAGACUUGACACUACUAAUUGAGAUCAUAAACUCAUGAGGAAAAUGUUUGUGGAGGUAAUAAAUCAAGGAGAAGCAGGGUCAUUUUCUCACAGAUUCUAUACAGUCUCACCUUUUUAACAAAGAGAGGAGUCGUCCCCUGCUGGUUGUUAGGAAGAAUGCAAGCUUGCAGCAUUUAUCUCUAACUUGGAGGCUGUGGUUAAAAUCCGUACUCUAAACAUUAUUUUACUAUUAAGUAUAGCGGUUUGAAAGUAUAAAUUAGCGCUGAACUGGAAGUUUUGAUGGUUAAAUAUGAACAGUUGUACUUAGUUACUCGGAAUGUCUGAGUUUAGAAUACUAAUGAAGUAACAUUAUAAAUCAUGUAAAGGCGCAUAUUAAGUGUCCUCUGUGCAUGUAAACCUGCCACUGUUUGUUGUCUCUCUUUCACACUAAACUAACCAUACUGGAUCUUGUACAUACUGCAGACUACGGUGAGGUGGGAAUAGCUGUGAGUCCCAUACUAACACGCAGUGCUGUACCUGUAACCUGUAAACACAUAGACUGUUACUACUGUACAACACGUGGCUUAGUCUUGUAUGCGUUUCAAACUCCUCCGAGAGACGAUUUGAUCCGCCUGCAUGCCUUCCUCCUCCAGUACAGUCAAUGCAAAGACAGACAGUGUAGUCUUCUCCGUACAUGUAGUUCUUCAUCUCAAAGUAUACAGCCCAUCAUACCAGUGACAAAUGAAUCUUGCACCAAAAUUAGAAAGUAGAGAGACUUGAUGACAGAAUGUAUCAUGGAAUUGCACUGUUGAGUUUGUGUUCACUGGAGUAAAGAUUGACCAGCAGAAUUUUAAAGCAAUGAAUACUUAAUAUUACAUACCAGUAUUCAGUAGCUUCUAAUGAGAUCAAAUCACGUCAAGAAUGACCAGGAUUCAGUGUUUCUCCCCAAGGAAAAUCCUCAUUUAGAUGCUCACUGGACAAUAAAACUCUCCACUAAAAGCCAGACAAAGACAUUUAGUUUCAUUAUUUCUGUAGCACUUGAAAUAAAAAUCACAAAGUUUGCAGGACAGACAACUAUUUUAUAAAACACACCAAAGUGGGACAGUUAGAAGGACGAUGUUUUCAGCUGAUUGACCAUGACCUGGCAGACCUGAACUUUCAGUAAAAUAGGCAACACCUCAUAAUUUACAAUCAGCUAAUGAAAUUGAGACGAACAGAGUUUUACCAACAGGCCUCGUUGCAUUUGAUCGAUAACAGACUAAGAAAGAAGAGUGAAUGUUCCAGUCUGAUCAUCAACGGACUCAGUUUGCUCAGCUGUCAGGAAAAUGUGGAUGUUGAAUCUUCUGUGAUAUUGACUGAAAAGUAGAGUUCUUUCCUGACCCAGGGUGCAUCCAUCCCUCAGCUACGUCUGCCUUAUCCUGACCCUGGGUUAGAGAGUUCACCCUGGACAGAUUGUCAGUCCAUCAAAGACCUAACAGAGAUAUAGACAGCAAUGCACAAGCACACCCACAGCCAAUUAACCAUCAGUUAUACCGAUAUGUUUAUCAAAUACAGGCUUAUUCCAUCUCAAACUACUAGAGGCCUUCUGCUCAACUGUCUUGAUUAUUCUAUGAAUAUUUAUAAUGGUACCUUUGAAACUGUGAAUUGAUAAAUCAGGUACUUUCCAAGAUUUUUUUUUUUUUUUAAAGGCCACCAACCCACUUUUAGCACACAUAAACAGCAAAAUUGCAUUCUUAGUUCUACUUUGACAACCAUUCUGUCUUUGUGGUAAAACUUGUCAUAGCUGCUCCAUAAGUUAUGAAAGUUCAUUUCAAAUAACUCUUUUCAAUUUUGUGACCUCAUAUUCAAUGUUAAGAAGUAUUCUGUAUGUCUCCAUUUGUAACUGCAUGUGAUUCAAAAAAUAUCACUAGUUGACUUUUGCAUCGUCAUUUUUCUUUGUUAAUGUGUGUUCAAAGAUGGGAUUUCCACCCUUCAGCUAUUUUUUUUUUUAUAUUUUAACUUACCUACCAUCAAAGACUCUUUUAUCUACUUGUUCAAUGUUGCAGAUUUUAAAUCAGUGGUAUAAGGAGAAAUAUGUGAAAGUUUCAGGCUUUUGUCUGAAAGAGUUCUUGAGAUAUUGUCGUUCAAACACUGAAAUUUCAAUCCAGAACAAAAACUGUGCUGAAAGUGCAUCGAUAGGCUAUUAAAAUAUAGACAGGAAAAGAGAGCACAGUACUCCGCCAAGGCUGCUCAGUCGUCGUAUCAUUUCCGAAGGCUGAAUCUUGAAUAAAUUUGUGGCAGAAAUCACAGCAACAUAGAAUGUGGCCAUUUAAUACAGAUGUACCCGCAAACAAAAUGACCUUGCGCUGAGCACAGGCGUGUGUAAUGCAUGUGUACGUUAUGUAGAGAUACCUAAUCACGUGAUCCUAAAUAUGUAGUGGGCAGCAGGAAUUGAUGGGACUCAGAAAUACCUCCACAAUUUAAUCAAUUGUCCCUUGUAUCAUUUUAGAUGGAUAAGUCCCGAUAAGUCCGCAGCGGUUGAUUUGUCGUGGGAUCGCAAUCGUGUGAUCAUGUGAUAGUGGUCACUUGUUGUCAUAGUUACAGUCUUGCAAUGAUACAGAAAUCCUUAUCAAAUCUGUGGAUCAGACUAUAAGCAUGCAGCUUAAUCAGUUGGUCCUUGUGUCAUUUCUGACCUUCAAUGAAAAUUUCAUCCAAAUCCGUUAGUCCGUUUUUGAGUAAUGUUGCACACAGACAGACAGACAGACAGACAGACAGACAGACAGACAGACAGACAGACAGACAAAUGUACGCCGAUCGUCACAUAACUGCCGUUACUUGGCGGAGAAGUAAAUAUAACGAGCGCUGAAAGUAUUUGAUAUAUGAGUCUAAAAUUUCACAAAUAUCUUUAUGAAUAUGCAUAUAUUUAGUUUAUAAAAGGUUUCAGGCAAAUGAAACAUGAUUGAGGAGAAAUUGUUUAAAAAUCGAAUCAUUUGAGAUGAAUACUAAAAAAAAUAUUGAAUUCUGAAAAGUGAGCACAUUCCAUUUGAAAUAAACUGAAGAAUAAUCUAAAACUCUGAAAUGUGUGAUAGACAAAAGUUAGCUGUACUUUAAAAAUGUGCAAUGAGAGAGUGAGGGUCUUCAGGUUACAGAUGACUCAGCGCCCUCUAUCUAUGAGAUGACUGGAAAACUGAAUAAUUACAAAUGAUUUGAGCAAAACACAGACAAAUGGUUACAAAACUAAAACUGAAACAGCAGAGUAACAGCAUCUAACAGCGGUCGGGGAGAAACACUGAAAUGUCAGAUUAGAAGAGUGAACCGUGGAGCAGUGCUGGCCUGCUGCCCAGUGAACACAGGAGCUGAAGUGAUGUGUCAUGUCUGUGGAAUCUCCCACAGUGGCGUCUGCAUGUUGUUUAUCCCACACUGAGGAUGAUGGGUCAGAGUCUCCUGAUCCUAAAAGUGUCUCUGUGUGACAAUGAAGCUGCAGGGAAUGGAAGUGCCUGAUGUUGCAUAAAUGUAGUUGUUUUUGUUCUGUGGAGCGUUCAGGGCUAACGUCUCUCACUGUCUCUGCUGAUUUAGUUUCUGUGUGUCCGGAUGCUUCGUCCUCCGCUGACGUUGUUUAGACUUGAAACACGAGGAGAUGUUAAAGGAGAGGACGGGACAGCAGGGGGAAACGUAUUUUUUAAUCCUUAUUUUUCUACAUUGACCUGAAUGUAUAUUUAUUCUUUAAAGAUACCUGUGUAUUUGUCCCACAGAUGACUGAGCAGGAUAGUUUUCUACAGGUUGCGAUGACCACUGAGCUGAUGCCAUAUUUAAAUGACAUGACAAAACAAGCAGCCUGGAUUUGACGUUGCCUAAUGUGGUCGCUUGUGCUGCUUUCGUCCACCACUGAGUGAAGAACCUUUAUUGCACUUUAUUGUGAUGUAACCCUGCACAUUACCUGCGCCAGUCUAUGAAGUGUCAUUGUGUAUAGAAUAUUUCUAUGGUAAUACUAAAAUAAAUGUUGCUAAUGUUUAAUACGA